UCAAGCCUCAAAACAGCAUACGAUGAAUAUUGUACUUAACAAAAAAUAAAUUGAUUGCAUCUAUGACCUUCAAACACACGCGUGACUCGACUUGAAUACCUCUGGUUUAUUAAAAUCUAAAUUCCAAAUGUUCUCCUUAAAGUCCUAGCCAAAUGUAUGAUAAAGGUAAAGUGGUUUGCUGUGUAUGGCACAGCGGACGGAUUUGUGUCUUUUAAUCGGGAUAGGCCUACAGGUGUUUCCUGACAAUGACCCAAACAGACACGCACACAAAAUUGCCUCAUAACCAACCAUAUUUAACCGUAUGUAUUCUCAUACCGGAGACUCGCUGUUUACCGUCAGCAGCGCGUGACUGGUGACAGCAGAGGGACGCGCGUGCGCGAAUAUUCGGUUCCGUUUUAGUCCGUGAGUGAACAGAAGACAAGAUCACAAGAACACACAUCCGGUAACGGCGGCGGAAUCCGCAUUUCCACACGCGAUGAGCGGCGGAGUGUACGGGGGAGAUGAAGUUGGGGCUUUGGUCUUUGACAUUGGUUCUUUCUCCACUCGAGCAGGAUAUGCAGGUGAAGACUGUCCUAAGGCAGAUUUUCCCUCUUCUAUAGGAGCGCAUGUUGAGGAGGAGGGGUCAGCAGAUAUGGGGGCAGGACAAGAGACCAGUAGUGGGCGGAGCUACUACAUAGACACCACAGCGCUGCAUGUGCCACGAGCGGGUGUGGAGCUAAUAUCUCCACUGAAGAACGGCAUGAUUGAAGAUUGGAACGCUUUUCAGGCCGUAAUCGAUCACAUCUACAGCAAAUGCAUUCAAUCUGAACCCAGUUCACACCCUGUCCUGAUGUCUGAAGCACCUUGGAACUCACGGGCAAAGAGAGAGAAGUUAACGGAACUGAUAUUUGAGCAUUACAACAUUCCAGCCUUCUUCUUGUGCAAGACUGCAGUGCUCACAGCCUUUGCUAAUGGGCGUGCCACAGGUCUGGUGCUGGACAGCGGAGCCACACACACCACUGCCAUCCCAGUGCAUGAUGGGUACGUCCUGCAGCAAGGGAUCGUCAAGUCUCCUCUGGCAGGAGCUUUCAUCACCAUGCAGUGCCGUGAGUUAUUUCAGGAGAUGAACAUCGACACGGUUCCUCCAUACAUGAUCGCUUCAAAGGUACCACAGUUCUCCUGCAUGUCUCUCUCUCUCUCUCUCUCUGAUGUUGAGUGUGUUUGUGUGUGUCAGGAGCCCGUGAGAGAAGGUGCUCCUCCUGUCUGGAUGAGGAAAGACAAACUCCCUCCGGUCACAAAGUCCUGGCACACCUACAUGUGUAAUGAGGUGAUUCAGGACUUUCAGGCAUCUGUGCUGCAGGUGUCUGACUCACCGUAUGAUGAACAGGUGGCCGCUCAGAUGCCAACACUGCACUAUGAGAUGCCAAGUGGUUACAGCACAGAUUAUGGAGCAGAACGUUUACGGAUACCAGAGGGCCUGUUCGACCCCUCCAAUGUAAAGGGUCUGUCUGGAAACACAAUGCUGGGGGUCGGACACGUGGUCACAACAAGCAUCGGCAUGUGUGACAUCGACAUCAGACCGGGUCUGUAUGGCAGUGUGAUGGUGACUGGAGGGAACACACUCCUGCAGGGCUUCACAGAGAGACUCAACAGAGAACUGUCUCAAAAAGCACCGCCUAGUAUGAGAUUGAAGCUCAUUGCCUGCAACAACUCUAUAGAAAGAAGAUUCAGCUCUUGGAUUGGAGGAUCGAUUCUAGCUUCACUGGGCACCUUUCAGCAGAUGUGGAUCUCAAAACAAGAAUAUGAUGAAGGAGGAAAACAGAGCGUGGAGAGAAAAUGUCCCUGAGACACGCACGUGAAAUCUCUUGUUUCUGUACUGAAGUCAAUGACACUGACAGAUCUUAAAGGGAUACUUCCUCCAAAAAUGGAAAUUCUGUCAUCAUUUCCUCACCUCCAAGUUGUUCCAAAUCUGUAUAAAUGUCUUUGUUCUGAUGAACACAGAGAAGAUAUUUGGAAGAAUGCUCAUAACCAGACAGAUCUUGCCCCCAUUGACUCCCAUAGUAGUUCUGUGUUCAUCAGAACAAAGACAUUUAUACAGAUUACGAAUAACUUGAAGGUGAGGCAAUGAUGACAGAUGGUGUAUGGUGUAUAAUGGUGUAUAUGUACUCUCUGGUAGUGUUUAUGAUCAGCACAAUAAACUGCAGUGAUCAUGUGACCCUCUGACCCUUAAAGAACUCAAUCUGAACAUCUGCCCACUACUUUAACUCUCUGUGACGCAGAAAUAUGAGGACGACUCACAUUCAACACCUCAAGAAACAUCAUUUGUGUUGCCAUUUUCAUGCCAAUAAACCCGUUUCACACACGUCACACAUUCUCAUUG